GUCACAACUCGAGAGCUCGACGCAUCUUAAACAUUGCAGGGCUAGUGCUUACCUCAACGCUCAACAUGAAGCUUCUGCUCGCAUGCGCUCUCUUCGUCUGCUCGGCAGUGUUCACAUCGGCUCGUCAGUCAGCCAUAUGCUUUGCGUCCGAGGACCAGGUCAAGGAACAGGCGGCCUGCGUGCGUGACCAAGCCGGAGAGUUUAAUGACCGCCUGGAUCUCGCCGUCAACAACCUCGGCUGCACGGACGACGUAUGCGCCGUCAAGAAGCUGUGCACCUUUGUGAGCACGGACCGGGCCCUCACGGCACUCUUUACGCGGCCGGAGAAGACAUUUUUGCGCAGCCUGUCUCUUCGCUGCUCCGCUGCGGCCGCACUUGUGGGGACACCCGCCGUAGCUUUGCCGGUCCAAGCGGCUUUUCCGGCCGCGGCCUUGCCGGCGGCAGCAGUGCCAGUCGCAGCCGCAGGCCCAUCCUUCCUGGCUCCCACGUCGUAUGUCUGGGGCGCAAAGGGGUUCGGAGCUAGAGCGUUUGGUGCAAGGGCGUUUGGUUCAAGGGCGUUUGGUGCGAGGGCUUUUGGCCUGGGAGCCUACGGAGCUGGUGCUUAUGGCGUUGGUGCUUACGGCCCUGGUGCUUAUGGCCUUGGUGCUUACGGCCCUGGUGCUUACGGCGUCUGGUAACAAGUUCGACCGACGAAGACGAGGACCUGAAAAUUUCACAAUCCCAAGAGAAUUGAAUGCCAGCGUCUGCACCACGGAAAGUCCCAAGCUUUCUGAAGAACUCAAAGCAACGAGACACUGUAUUGAGGUCCUAAUAAAUAUUUUAUUGCAUCAAA